AAGAGAAGGAAAUUCAGACACAAAAAAUUGCGUGUCUUUCUCUGUUUUCACUCCAGCCUAGGAUAAGGAGAAGCCGAAGCCGAAGACGAAGAAGAAGAUCUGCCGGCAAUCCAUCAUAAAAACGUUUCUCAAUCCGUUUUUUUUCUCCCUUUUUCCUCCGAUCGUCGUUCGUUCCUUUUCGAUUCUACAGGAACCGAUCCACUGAUCAUCAUCUAGAGGGAUUUUGGGGGUAAGUUAAGUGAGAUGUACGUGAUUUGCAUGGGGUGAGGAUGCCAGAGUUGCGAAGCGGAGUGCGGAGAUCGAAGCGGCUUGGUGAUCUUCAGCCUUCGCCACAACCAAUCGGUCAGGCCGAAAACUGGCCACUGCCCACUCCAAAUAAACCCAGGAGGAGAGUCGGCGGUGGGAGAGGAAGAGGUGGAAAUGGUGUAGCAAAAGGGCCAUCACCAGCGAUACCUACAAGGCAGACUGCAGGUGGAAGAGGCCGGGGAAUCAAGUUGCUAGACUUAGACCCAGAACCCUGCGAGGUUGUUCCUGAAGGAGCUGGUUUAGGGGCGGCCGCAGGACCCGCUUACAAUCAUCUAGAGGUCGUAGCAGAUAAAGAUAUUGCAAUGGAGGGUGGUGGGAGUGCAGACAAAAUAAUAGGAGUCGAAGAAGAAACGAGCACGACUCCUGUCCCCGAGAGGGUACAAGUGGGGAAUUCUCCUGUAUAUAAGACAGAAAGGAAGUUGGGAAAGGGUGGUUUUGGCCAAGUCUAUGUUGGCAGAAGGGCUAGUGGUGGCAGCGACAGAACAGGACCCGAUGCAAUUGAAGUGGCCUUGAAGUUCGAGCACCGAAAUAGUAAAGGCUGCAACUAUGGCCCUCCUUAUGAGUGGCAAGUGUACAAUACUCUUAAUGGAUGUUAUGGAAUUCCAUGGGUUCACUACAAGGGUCGCCAAGGAGAUUUUUACAUUCUGGUAAUGGACAUGCUUGGCCCUAGCCUUUGGGACGUUUGGAAUUCUCUUGGGCAAUCGAUGUCACCAAAUAUGGCGGCUUGCAUUGCUGUGGAGGCAAUAUCAAUUCUUGAGAAGCUUCACAUGAAAGGGUUUGUGCAUGGUGAUGUAAAGCCAGAGAACUUUCUCCUUGGUCAACCUGGAACAGCAGAUGAGAAGAAGCUAUAUCUGAUUGAUCUUGGUUUGGCAUCUAGAUGGAAGGAUGCAUCAUCUGGUCAGCAUGUUGACUAUGAUCAGAGGCCUGACAUAUUUAGGGGAACUAUAAGGUAUGCAAGCGUGCAUGCGCAUUUAGGUCGCACUGGAAGUCGACGUGACGAUCUUGAGUCAUUGGCAUAUACAUUGAUAUUUCUCAUAAAGGGAAGGUUACCCUGGCAGGGUUAUCAGGGAGACAACAAAAGUUUUCUUGUAUGUAAGAAAAAGAUGGCCAUUUCCCCUGAGUUGAUGUGCUGCUUUUGUCCAGCGCCAUUCAAGCAGUUUCUUGAAGCUAUUACAAUUAUGAAGUUUGAUGAAGAACCAAACUAUCCUAAGUUGAUAUCUCUCUUUGAAAGCCUGAUAGAACCAUGUGUACCACUUAGACCGAUUAGAAUAGAUGGAGCUCUUAAGGUCGGGCAAAAACGGGGUAGAAUGCCCAUUAAUUUGGAAGAAGAAGAGCAACCAAAGAAGAAAGUACGACUAGGUAGUCCAGCUACCCAGUGGAUUUCAGUAUAUAAUGCACGUCGUCCAAUGAAGCAAAGAUAUCACUACAAUGUGGCGGACACAAGGCUUCGUCAACAUGUAGACAAGGGCAAUGAAGAUGGACUAUUUAUCAGCUCCGUUGCCUCAGCUGGAAAUCUUUGGGCUCUUAUUAUGGAUGCUGGAACAGGUUUCACUUCUCAGGUUUAUGAGCUGUCAACUUUUUUCUUGCACAAGGAUUGGAUCAUGGAGCAAUGGGAAAAGAACUUCUAUAUUAGUUCAAUAGCUGGUGCAGCUAAUGGGAGUUCCUUAGUAGUAAUGUCCAAAGGUACUCCUUACACCCAACAAUCUUACAAAGUGAGUGAAUCUUUUCCAUUUAAGUGGAUAAAUAAGAAAUGGAAAGAAGGUUUCCAUGUCACAUCCAUGACAACUGCUGGCAGUCGCUGGGGUGUCGUUAUGUCCAGGAAUGCUGGGUAUGCUGAGCAGGUUGUGGAGCUUGACUUCUUGUACCCAAGUGAAGGCAUACACAAGCGAUGGGAAAACGGUUACCGGAUAACAUCUAUGGCUGCCACUGCUGAUCAAGCAGCCUUCAUUUUGAGUAUACCAAAACGUAAAUUGAUGGACGAAACUCAAGAAACACUACGUACCUCUGCCUUUCCUAGCAGCCAUGUAAAGGAAAAAUGGUCGAAAAACCUCUACAUUGCAUCGAUUUGUUAUGGACGAACUGUUUGUUAGUCGGCAAGGAGUGUAAAUUUGAUUUACACCCAAAAUAUUUGUGUCAAAUUUUGAGAGGGGCCUUUCGGGAGAUGGAAAUGUACAAGGGCAAUCUUUUACCUUAAAAUGGGAGAAAAUUAAACAUCUUGCAAAAUCUCCCUCAUAUACGAAUGUUUUAUUAAAAAAAAAAAAAAAAAAAAAAAAAAAAAAAAAAAAAAAGAAAGAAAGAAAAGGAAAAGGAGGAGAGGAAAAGAAUCAGAUUGAGAGAUGGAAGGAGUCUUUGACCAAAACUGAGGUAGUGAAGCAUAGGGUCUGUUGAAAACAGUUUUAUGCAAUACUCACCUGAUAAUUUCAACCAA